AAUGACGGGAAACAACAUGGCAGGCGACAAUGGCUGAUGUAGUGCGUCGGACGGACCAGUAUUCCCCAAAAUCGAGCCCUCGCGGGUCUCGUUCACCGGUUGUGUCUCGCCAGGACACAACCGGGACGCUCAAGACGACGAUAUCACUCGGCAAGACUCCGGCCAUCGUCCACAGCGGCCCCUUUUAUCUCAUGAAAGAGCCCCCCAAAAGCGAACUCACCGGUGCCACCAACCUGAUGGUCUCAUAUGGCCUGGAGCAUUCCUACAACAAGUUCAGCGGCCGGAAGGUCAAGGACCAGCUGAGUGCCUUCCUGCCCAACCUGCCCGGAAACAUUGAUGCACCCGGCGACCAGGACAACAGCUCCCUACGGUCCCUGAUCGAGAAGCCCCCGGUGGGAGGAAAGGAGUUGCUCGCGCUGUCGGGAGCGCAGCUCGUCGGCUUCCGGCUUCAUCCCGGACCGUUGCCGGAGCAGUACCGCAUGAUGAGUCAGCAACCGCAGCGGAAGAAACACAAGCACAAGAAGCACAAGCACAAGAUGGGCGACACUCCCAACCACGAAUCUCAGCAGCAAGAAAAUGCAUCGGACGCGUCACACGAAAAGAAGCACAAAAAGCAGAAGCGGCACGACGAAGAGAAGGAGCGCAAGAAAAAGAAGAAAGAGAAGAAAAAGAAGAAGAAACACAGUCCCGAGGCCACACCAGCCAACCCGGGCAACCCGGCCCUCCCCAACGGAGCCCAGAGGGUCAUGUGACACCCCGCAAGGACGUCGUCGUCCCCUCCUCCUCACCCCUACUCCAUCCCGGCCCUUGGGGGCAGUAGAGAAAUGUAUCAACAAAGAAUGAGUCUAGAUGAUCA